AUGCAAUCAACACUCGCUAAAAUUAUAGUUAUUUUCAAUAAUCCUACAUAUUGUCGAAAUUCGACGGAUCAGAGUGUUGUAGAAAUUGUUUUGGCAAGGAUCGCUGCUGCAAUACGAGAAACGAAAAGCAUCGAAGUCUAUGCGCCAGUUUUGGUCGAUACGCUCGCCAUGUGCCUAAGCCAUAAAAUGACGCAAAUUGGUGUGAAUGGGCCUCAAGAUACACCACACUGUAAAAUUGCUUGUGAUAUACUUAGUAGCCUUUUUCUUCACUAUGGUAAUAAAUCGGUUAUGACUGUAACAGUGCCAACAGCCAUUCGAGCUCUUAGUUGUGGCAGUGAUGAGUUAACCCGAAGCACAACAAGUUAUUUGCAGUUAGCUGCGAUACAUCACGGCAGAUUGCUAGCCCAGUACUCUAUUCAAAUUAUAUCUAAUAUAAUAAAUGGAAAUUUUCCUCUCGCGAGAGUUGUUCCACAGAUUUACCCCGAAAAUCGCGAACCUUUCCAUGCUCAUUUCCCACAGCUGCUGAGGUUGUUGCAAAACGAGGAAACGGAUCAAUCCGAGCGGUUGUCCGUAUUGCAGUUUGCCUCAAUGGUUACAAAUGCCAAUCCCGAUCUGAUUCUCGGUUAUCUUGAAGAUCUCGAUUCUUUUCUUCAACUUUCUUCAACUCGUACUGCUAUUCUUCAUAUUUUCUUAUCACUUAUCUCACUUAAUCGCACUUUUGCACUUGUACCACGCUUAUGUGCAUUACGAAAUGCCGCCAUUGGAACAGAAUGUGAUAAUACAUUAGCAAUGAUUGCAAAAAUAGUUGGAGUAAUUGGACGAGUCGAUUGUGAGACAGCAAAUAUUGCAGCAAAUGAUCUCAUUGGAAUGUGCAAACGGCGCUCAGAAUCCAUGCCAACGAUACUUAAGGAAAUAGAAGGUGUAGCUGAAUGUUAUCCUCUAGCCGUAUUGCCGCAUUUGAAUUUCAUACUUACACUUCCAACUGCGAAACCAUCCACAGCUGCUGUAUGUGCGAGGAUUCAAGUGCUAUGCAGCGAUGAUGCACGAAGACGAAAUGGUUUACUUAGCUCACCUAAUGAUGAUAUAACUGUUAUAAAAGUAAUUAAUGGUGUCGAUCAAUCUGAAGAAUCAAUUAUUAGCUCAAAAAUUUCUGUUAAGACCGAUGGACCGAUAAUAUCGAGUGGAAUUCGAACAACUGUAAAUAUUGGUGAUUCUGGAGUUGGAGAUCAUUCAGCUCAAGAACUCGACAAAAAUACCGAAACACUUGCAAAUGCUUAUAUGAAUAAUCGGAAUCGAUCAAAUUGCUCAUUAACUAAUCAUAAAAGUCGUUCAUACGCUAGCCUGAAUCCCUACUGUGAGAACAUCUCAGUUGUCGAUACAAAUUCUCGUGAUUCGCCGUUAUCAGUUAUAUCUUCACAUGCUGGUCGACGCACCGAUGGAUCUGGUUUUAUGCCUACUUAUCCACCUCCGUCUUAUCAUCCUCCUAAAGGGGAUGCUUCAUCGAAAUCCAAAGUACAUUUAAUUCCAACAGCAAUCCACAUUGGGAAAGAUGGUCGUGUUCGCCCACUAGCCAUGCAUACACGAAGAAAUACGCCUCAAUGGAUACCAACCUCUUCGAAUUCCGCUUCUUACGAAACAACGUUCCCAGCUAAUUCAGGGCCAGUAACAACUAAACUAGCAUCAGGAAGUGGAAGUACCGUGCAUGUGAUUGAAGAGCAAAAUGAUUCCAUACCAGAAAUUCAGUCUACUGGCGAAGAUUCACAACAGAAUAAUGAAACGUGCGAUCGAGGCGAUGUUGUACGCCAAUUUGUUGAUCAUCGCCGAAGUAAAAUUCGAAAUUAUGUUACGAAUUUGACAAGAAAUUAUCCAAUUCCCAUACAAUGUACCGUAGAAGGAACGAAAGGCACAAAACUUCGUAUGAGAGUUCAUUUCCGUUGUCAAAUUCGCGAUUCGCAUUGUAUUUUUGAUGCAAAUAAUAUGUUUGCUUUCAAAACAAGAGUUGCACCUAUUUGGUUACAUUUAAUGUUUCUCCAGAUGGAAGCAUCGAGUCUAGAAUCCACAGGAGAAGUAGUCGCUCAAUCAUCCGAAGCCUUUCGAACAUUGUCCCAUUGUUGGUCAUGUCUACCUACGAACUAUACGAAAAAUCGGCCUUUCAUCACGCUCGCCACUUCAGCAUUUCCAGCACUUAAGGAGCAAGAGCAAAUAUAUAAAGAACUGCAAGAAGCUCGUUACUUCGAUUCUUUCACUUUCAGCAUGCAUUAUCAAAAAUGGAGUUGUUUUAGUUGUAAUUAUCCGGAACGAGUUCGAUCAAUUCUUCGAUCCGAUUCACCAAAUAUUCCGGUUAUCGAGGGUCAACUAAAAGAAAAACGUGGUAGAUGGAAAUUUUUGAAGCGUUGGCAUACAAAAUAUUUCACUUUAUCGAGUGCAGCUCUUACAUAUAGAGAUCGACCUCAAGAUCCAUCAACCGAUAAAAUUCUAUGCCCGUCAAUUGAUCUACGAAAAAUUCGCUCUAUUAAAUCGCUAAGCAAAGGUCGAAAAAGUCGGAAAUCUUUGCCUAAAGCAUUCGAGAUUUUCACCGAUGACGAUGUAUCGUAUGUAUUAAAAGCUAAUGAUCGAUCGAAAGCAGAAGAAUGGUUCCAAUGUCUACAAAUUGCCGUCGCUCAAGCACAUAAAGAACGACAGUCGAUUGCUUUUUAG